UGUCCACCACUCGAGUGUUUCCUGCUGGUAAAUGUAGAUUGUCGUCCCGGAGACUAGAAUGUUGUAUUUAGAGGGAAAUGUUCUCCCCCCGACAGCGCUGGAUUCACUCUAGUGUCUAAUAGAGUCCAACACAAACUCACCUCUUGGUAGCGACAUUCAUUUGUCAGAGAACCUCCCGCAGGGCUACUGCGCAUGCUCCUGACUACUGUGGCAUGCUGGGAAAUGUGGUUUCCAUGUCACAUUCGUCUAGCAACGCGCAUCCUAUUGGAGCAGCGGGAUCACGUGACGACCGCGCCUCGACCCGCGGACCAAAAUCUUCCUCCGCUCAGAAGAAACUAGUCCCGUUUUGCGGCCCCGAUCACGGGACUCUUGGGGGGUUUUGAGCUCUGGACUUUUACUGAUAAGCAGGAAACACUCCUGUUUGGAGGAGAUGGACCAGGACCAGAUCCAGGACCAGAUCCAGGACCAGAUCCAGGACCGGGGUCAGAACCAGGACCAGGACCAGAUCCAGGACCAGAUCCAGGACCGGGGUCAGAACCAGGACCAGGAGUCCAGCAGCAGGACCAAAGCGGACUCUUCCUCCGCUGGUCUGCAGAAACAUAAAGCCAAACAGAGAAAAAAUAGGAGGGAUAAAGUCCUCACCACUUCACCAGGUCUGAAGGUCCGAAAGAGGAUUCAUACUGAAGAGAAGCUGUACACCUGUGAUCAGUGUGGGCGAGCUUUUACCACGUCAAGUAUUUUAAGGAGUCAUCAGCGUAUCCACACUGGAGAAAAGCCUUACAGAUGUGAUCAGUGUGGGGCAGCUUUUACCCGACAAAAUAGUCUAAGGAGUCAUCAGCGUAUCCACACUGGAGAAAAGCCGUACAAAUGUGAUCAGUGUGGGGCAGCUUUUACCCAACAAGGUCAUCUAAGGAGUCAUCAGCGUAUUCACACUGGAGAAAAGCCGUACAAAUGUGAUCAGUGUGGGGAAGCUUUUACCCGACAAGAUGAUCUAAGGCGUCAUCAGCGUAUUCACACUGGAGAAAAGCCGUACAAAUGUGAUCAGUGUGGGGCAGCUUUUACCAAACAAGGUGACCUAAGGCGUCAUCAGCGUAUUCACACUGGGGUUAAGCCUUACAGAUGUGAUCAGUGUGGGGCAGCUUUUACCAUGUCAGGUCAUCUAAGGAGUCAUCAGCGUAUUCACACUGGGGAUAAGCCGUACAAAUGUGACCAGUGUGGGGCAGCUUUUACCCAACAAGGUAGUCUAAGGAGUCAUCAGCGUAUUCACACUGGGGAUAAGCCUUACAGAUGUGAUCAGUGUGGGGCAGCUUUUACCGAACAAGGUAGUCUAAGGAGUCAUCAGCGUAUUCACACUGGGGAUAAGCCUUACAGAUGUGAUCAGUGUGGGGCAGCUUUUACCCAACAAGGUAGUCUAAGGAAUCAUCAGCGUAUUCACACUGGAAUUAAGCCUUACAGAUGUGAUCAGUGUGGGGCAGCGUUUACCCGACAAGGUCAUCUAAGGAGUCAUCAGCAUAUUCACACUGGAUUUAAGCCGUACAGAUGUGAUCAGUGCGGGGCAGCUUUUACCCGAAAAGGUAAUCUAAGGAGUCAUCAGCAUAUUCACACUGGAUAAAAAAUUGUCCGUGAUCAGUGUGGGGCAGCUUUUACUUGGAGAUCUCAGUUAAAGGUACCAAUUUAGACAUGUUAUGUUGUUCUGAAAAAGAAAACUCUGGAGUUUUGUUUUCAGUUUCAACUGAAAAAUUUAAAUUUGAUUUUUGACCAGUUUAUGUUCCAUUGAUCCAUUGUUCCAUCAUUUAAAUAAAAAAGUUCUUUGUUGGAUUUCAGUUUCCUGCUCACUGCAAACUCACAAGAAGAAAUAAGUGUCAGAAUAUUAGAAAAGAGUCACACAGUAGUGCGUUUUUCAUAUGAUUUUUAUCACCAUAUGUACUAUUGUGCUGGAUUUAAAUUACCUCUGGACUUGCAAUAAUUCUAAAAUGACACCAUGACAUCUAUAUUUCGUUCAGCUGAUUCACACUAGAGAAGUGAAGUCUGUGUUGUACUGCCCUCAUUCUGUUGAACAAUUCCCUUUAUUUAACACUACAUUUUAAUAUUGAGUCAAAAGCAACUGAGCAGACAAUUAAGC